AAAGGUCUCGCUAGCAACGCUUGUUAGUGGAAAAGAAUUUGGAGCACACACACCGCCACACCGUCGGGCCAAUUACAGCUCACUUGGCACACUAACUCCAGCAAUACCCAUUACGCCUUGCUGACCUUUACCAUCCCUUCCCACGCGUGACGGGGUUCACCCAAUCCGACCGUUAACGGAACUAACGCGUAACCAUGGCAAGAACUACUAAUCACCAAACUACACACACCACUCACCAGCGUUGCGUUCCGUGUUGGGAAAAUCCCAGAAAAGCGAACGCCAAGACGCAGCGCAAUGUCGAGGCCACGCGGUGACUCAGCCGAACCAGCUCCAGUCGGCCAGUCGCGGCCUUGCCCGUACGCAUCCGGUCCAUCCGGUCACCCGAGAGGUCAGUGGCCGCAACGAAAGCGCGCAAGCUGGUCACAGUUUAAAAAUAACGGAAGGCGCGCAUAAACAUAAGGAUGUGUCGCUGGCGAUUGGAAGAAGACGCCAGCCAAGGGCACACAAAUCACGACGCACCGGUGGCCGACGACUGCUUUUGUAGGUUAGACCAGCGGCCGGUCCUUGAACUUUGUACAAGCGACACCAACCAAACGGCAGAUCGUCCAACCCCGGGCCUGGACAAAUGCAAUCACUUUGCGAAGAAAUUCGACCACGCUCUCCGCUUGUGGAAUAGCGAGUCCAGUUGCAUAAGGGAGCGCCAAAUCGCAGCAUAGCGAGCGCGCGCGUGCUCAUAACCUUCACCCACAAUCAGACAUUCGAAAAGAGCGCCUAGAGAGCGAGAGAGCGAGUGAGAGCGAGCAGAGCUCACUCACUCACAAACUAUCAGCGCAGCGCCACACGCUCCACACCACAUGCAGCGCCAGUUCUUCGGCUGCGGAAUCGCAUCGCGCAAAGAAUAAAAAUCGUUUGUACCGCGCUGCUCGCGACGCAUUCAUCGUUUGGCUGCAGUUUGCGCAAGCAAAAUACACGCGCGCUUGAGCUGCGGCGCUAACCAGGCUCGUGGCCGAGAUCUCAGUAUCGGGUUGUAAUCGCGCAUACGCAAGCAACAGACGCAAACAGUGAUCCCGCAAGUGUGUGUGUGUGUGUGUGCGUGUAUUGGUGAAAGUGCUUCAAUCCUGCCGCUCAUCUCGGGCGCCUUAUCAAACGCCGGAAUGGUUUCGCGCAACGGAGCGCUCUGGCGCGCGAUGCUGAUAGUGGUGCUGGCGGUCGCCGUCCCGGCCGCCGCCCAGCUCGACGGUAGCUUCUGGUGGAUGAACGCCAACCUGCUGAAGCAGGCGGAAGCGCUGCGGGAGACGAAGGACGUGAAGGCGAUCGUCAUUACGAAGGACUCGGCGCUGGACGAGGUGCGCGUCGGCGGCAACUCGCUGGCCGACAGCGACUCGCCGGACUGCAUCUGCGUGCCGCUCAGUCGCUGCAACAAUCAACCGACCGGGAGGGAUGGACUUUGCGGUGCGGAAAGUGUUUGCUGCCGUCGGUCGCAAAUUAUCGCUCCCGAAAAAACCACCACCACCUCAACAACAACAGCAUCAGCGACCGUCUUCAGUACCGGGGUGACCUCCACCAAGCUAGAGCCGGUUGAUGGGCUAAUUUUCGACUCAGAUCCCAUUCUGCCUGUCCUGCCCGCCUCCGUACCGUUUCAACCGAUCCCGCUGAACGAAAGCAACUAUGAUCCGAACGUGCUUGCGGAGCUGUCCAAUCUGCUUCUGAGCCACAGUCUGGCCGAUACGUUCGAGCCCAUCGUAAGCAACGCACUGCCGGUCGAUCAGCCGGCCUCGAACGAUUCCGGUCGGGUUGAAGCAGCCACAGCACUGCCCGCCGUCGGCAGCGGCAAUGAGCAGCGCUGCGGCCGACGGCAACAUUCCGUCAGCAGUCGCAUCUUCUUCCAGGAGGAGGACGGCGACGGUAUCAGUCAGGCCGUGGCCGGACCGGUCGGAUUCAGCGAGUUCCCCUGGACGGUGGCCAUCCACCAGCUCAUCCGGAACGGUUCGUACGUGUACCACUGUGGAGGGGCGCUCCUCAACCGAAGCGUCGUCGUGACAGCGGCUCACUGUGUAUCGAACAACCGCUUACACCCGAAUCGGUUCGUUGUGUACGCUGGCGACUGGGACCGGCGACACACGCAGGAACGGCUGCCACACCAGGAGCGAACCGUCAGUAGGGUCCUGGUACACCCGAACUACUACUCCGGCGCACUGUUCAACGACCUCGCGCUACUGUUCUUCAGCGAACCGUUCAACGACACGGUAGCGAACGUGGAACCGGUGUGUCUGAGCAGCCCCUCUGGCACGGACUACAUCCCCCCGGACAACUGUUUCGUGACGGGAUGGGGUGGCUCCCCGAAAGGCAAUCGGGCACAAAGCAUCCAGCAGUACAGCAAGCUACAGCUGGUCGAGCGCCACCGGUGCGAAACGCAGCUCCAAAGUUUGCCUACGCUUGGUUCCAAGUUUAAGCUCCACCAAAGCUUCGUCUGUGCGGCGGCCGACGGGACGGAUGUUUGUCAAGGAUCGGGCGGCAGUCCGUAUGCCUGUGAACGGGACGGACGGUACUACCUGGUCGGCAUCGUUUCGUGGGGCGUUGGCUGUGGCGACGGCAUUCCCGCCGUACUGACCAACGUGGCGGAACUGAGGGAAUGGAUCAGCCGGCAGUGAAUUGGUUGGUUGGUUCGUUUCUAUACCGUUUAGCUGUUUUUAAUGUCGAAGUCAAGCAUACCAAAUGAAAAUUGUCUUUAUUGUACGUAAAAUUGUGACUGUAAGCUAGUGUUUAAAAAUAAAAUAAAUGCAAUAAACUUUUAAAACCAAA